UUUUCCUCGUCGGAAGUGAUGCCACCCUUCUUGACGGGAGCGUGGGCUCCUGUAGUUUCCUGAAGUACUUCUGCAGUGCUCGUAAUUGCCAUGCUGCUUUUUUGAAAGCAUUUCAGAAAGACCCAAAGACUGAUUGUAGCGUGGUGUUCAGCAAAAUGAAAGAUUGCAUGGUCUACCUCACGAAGGUUUGUUGGAGAGACCAGCCGGCGGUCGCAAGCCAAGCCAAAACGAUCGUUGACGCUACCUAUAAGAAAGAAGAACAUUGUGGGCAAACUUCUUUCGAACUCCCCACUUUGCCACCAGGGAAUGACUUUUGUUCCGCAUCAUCUGACAAUGAUAUAAGCAAUUGCGUUCAAUCCUUUGAACAAAAAUUUAGGAAGGACAAAUCAGAUUCCGCUCUUUGCUCAGAAUAUGCUAAAGCAAAGAAGUGUUCAAGGGACGUGAUCGAUUCCGACUGCAACUACCCAUCAGAGACCAAGGAACUUUUGGACUUGCUUUAUGAUGCCUACAAUCCUUUCUGCGCGGACAAUCGUGACCCAGGGGCGACCAAAAAUAGUCCGUGCUCUGGCGUGGUGAUUGAGAAAGAUGCUAAUGCAGCCGCUGGAACAAAGCCCAGCGUAUUCCAGGCGCUGAUGUUUGCUUUCUUUCUGUUUCUGUUCCUCUUUAAAGCUUAA